AUGUUCUACACCAUUAUCAUACCAGCCUCCAAUGUGGACAUUAGGAGAUCGGCCGUACUUACGAUCGGAUCCGGGAUCAUUUUCACUGGAGAGGAUUGUACCGGAGCGUGCAAAGAUAUGUCGGGGAGUGUAAGGAUUGCGAGACUGGAAAAGGGCGACCCCGGACCCAGGGCGAAUCGCCGGAUCAUCGCUAUGGAUCACAUCCCCUCAUUGUCCAGAUCAUAUAAAGCUAACACUACGUUGUUGAUCUUCGAAGAUAUUUUCUACGGAAACGUGAUCGCCAAAGCGAGCGGAUCCAGGAUGGCUCAGACUGUGGCAGAAUCCUACGAGGAAUGUGUGUUCCGCCGAUUUGGUGCCAGCGAGGUGAUCCGCCAUGAUCGUGUACCCGGAUUUAUGUCCGAUUUCUUUCGCGCGUUUUACAAAACCCUGGAUCAGCGUCAACGUGCAACAAUGGCAUAUAGAUCCAAGGCGUACGGAUCCGCGGAAAGGAUUAGGGAUAUGUCAAAAAGCUUGUGGCAUGGCGCUUUACGUGUGGCCGAAAAGAUCGGCGAGUACGCGGUGAAACUCGAGAUCGCCGGAUUCGCAUACAACAUCUUCCCCGUGGUCCACGUGUCAAAGAUCAAGCCUGUCAGAGAAUUUCCGGAUCGGCCGGUAAUACGACUUACGACGCAAGAUCAAGAUCGGCUGGAUUUCGACGAAGCACUUUUUCCUGGAGAUAGCUUGAUUCAAGAUCGCGAUCCGGACGAGUAA